GAGCAACCACGGCUGAGAUAUACAAAUAAUUGGGAAUCGGGAGGUUUGGGGAAAAGGAAGGAAAGUGCAAUUGAAUCCCGAGAUCGACAACAAUCAAACAGCACAGAGAGGUGAUGGGCCGAAUGGUGUACUCCUACUCUUGUUCUUAUAUUAGAUGUUUCUUUAGAAAUGAAUAAUUACCUUUAAACGCCCAGCGGAGGAGGAGGAACCUGUUGCUGUUUUUGUCGAGGCCUUCAGCCCAGGAGUGACGGUUGGUGAUCUCUCCGCGGCAGUCUCCCUCGCGCUCUCACUCCGCCACAGGACCUUAGCGGCUGCUGUCGGUUAGCGGCAGAAAUCCCGGGCGGAGAUCGGUUCCCCCUUGGUGACGGAGCGGAUCCCCCUGGCCUGACCAGGCCAAGCGAGGAUGGAGGUGAAAGACCGAGAGGGGAGUGAUGAAAACGUGAAAGUCACAGUUCAAAUGCUCAAAUCCAGAACUGGACAAUUUGAUUUGGAGUCAAUUCUGUUCCUGAAGCUGAAGAAUAUUGGGAUCACCAAUCUUGGAUGUAUCGGAGACUGUGUAAAUGUAGAAAGACUGGACUUGUCAGGAAAUGACAUCUCAAACCUCGCUCCCCUCGCAUCACUCAAAGUUCUGAUCGUGCUCAACCUGUCAGCCAAUAGGAUCUCAAAUCUUGAUCCCCUACGCUCCUGUGAAAACCUACAAAACCUCAAUUUAUCAGGAAACCUAAUUAGCAGUGUUGAUAGUCUUCGGUCCCUCUCUGAGCUGAAGAAUCUGGAGAUGAUUCGGUUGAAAGACACUGUUUGCAACUUUAGUAAUCCAGUUUGUAUGAACACUGCGUAUCACAGUGCAAUGUUGGAAAUCUUUCCGAAAAUCAAAUCCUUAGAUGGGGAGAGGCUAUCAGGAAGGGGUAGCGAUUUGUAUCAGCUCUGCAAAAAGAUGGAAGACUCUCUGAAAGAGUCAGGACUUGAGCGCAGGCCUCUGGAUCCAGGACAGGGACACCACCACAACAAAUCAUCACCUCAUAGCCUGUCCAUCAUCUAUAAGACACAUAUCAAGAGUGUUACAGAAUAUUCUCCACUAACCUGGAUAAUCACAGCAGCCUGACCCCAUCCAAGACAAAGCAGUCCACUAUUGACAGCCUAUCCACCUCCUUCAACAUUAAUUCCCCCAGCACCUACACAGUAGUAGCAGUAUCUACCAUCUCCAAGGUGCACUGCAACAACUCGGCAGUGCUCUAUCAACAGUACUUUCUAAACUGGCAGCCUCUACCACUGACCAGGACGAAAAACGUGGAAAUACGUCCACUGCAAGUCUCCUACAACCAUCACCAUCCUGACUUGGAAAUGUAUCACCCACUCCUUCACCAUUACGGGGUAAAAGUCCUGGAACUCCCACCCUUUGUGCUGUGGAUGUCCUUACUCUAAGGGGUGAAGUAGUUCAAGAAGAGAACUCACCAUCACCUUCUCAAGAGCAUUUAGGGAUGGGUAACAAAUGCUGGUCCAGCCAGCAACAUCCAUGUUCCGUGAACAAAUGUUUUAAAAUCUUGUUAGUGAGAAUUAUGUGCAUUCAAUCUUACCAUAUUUGUAGCAAGUUUAUCCUGUGUUGUUUAUCCUUCUGUGAUGGCAACUCAUCCUAAUGUUUUUAAAAACAGGGGCACGACUGUACCAAAACACGCACACACAUAUCUAUAUGGAUGCAGUACUGAAGAAAUGUAAAGUGUAGAAAUGCCAUGGAAGCAGUUUCUGCUGUAUUCCAAGUGCCAAUAAUGUAUGAUGUUCAUCAAUUACCCAGACUAAGAGAAAGUGAGGACUGCAAAUGCUAAAGAUCCAAGUCAAAAGUAUGGUGCUAGAAAUUACCCAGUAAAUUAAAUCAUUAAUAUUAACAUUUAUGCUUUUUAAAAUUUAUGAAACUAGCAAUCAAGGAGAACUAAUUGGAAAUGUUAAAGAUUGGCUUUAGUUAUAAAGUAAAAGUUAGAAAACAAAUCACUCAAAUGUAUAGUGUACAAAUUAUCAACUCACUUCACAGAAGCUUGGAUUUGGAAAAACUAAAGAUAUCUUUUUUUUUCUGGAACUAAUUACACCAAUCUUUAUAAUUUUAGAAUUCUUUGUUUUGUUACUCUACCCAUUAAAAUGUUCAAUCGAGAAUUGCAGAACAGUGGUUGGAAGGGUAGUCAAUUGCAAGAAUACUGUAAGAUUCUACGAUGUGUCUUUGGUGAAUCUGAAUAAAUCACACCUAUGUACCACAGAAAUUUGAUUUU